AUGCCGGCUAACGUUAGUCCCGCUUCGGUGGCUGUGGCAGCUGGAAAGGAAGAUCUCCAGGAGCCUGCAGACUAUGGGGUAAGUGCACCGAAGAACUCGGCUUCUCUCAAGAAGCGGGAUCGCCCCAAGCCAAAGAGCAGUUUGCGCCGUUGGUUGGGUUUCCUCGUGUUAUUAAUCGUUUGUGGAGUUCUCGCGGCACCACGCAAUGCAAUGAAAAGUGUUUUUAAGGACUACGUGAAAUUAUUACCGACGCAAAGAACGCCUGAGGAGCCGCCUGAGAGGCAGCCUGAAGGGCCGGUGCAGCCCGAUCCACGCCAGCCUGAUGAGUCUGUAGAAGAGCAAGCUCAUGAGUCCUCAGAUGAGCAAGCCCAGAAGGAUGAACAGGAGGACUUGCAUUCCCCUGAUCCACAAGUACCUCCUGAGUUUCCAGAGGUCGCCCCCCCUGAUGGUGAUGAAGAAGUCCUUCCUGUAUCUCCUGGUGUAGGAGCAGAGCCUGCCCCUCCGCAGGCUCCUGAGCCUCCAGAGGGAGUCCCUCCUUAUUUGGAUGAGGGGCCCCCUGCUCCCCCUGCUGACUCGGGUGUAGGACCUGUUGAAGAUCUAGAGGCCGCCUCUCCUGAUUUAGAGGGAAUAUCUCCUGAUCCACAGGUUGGGCCUACACCUCCAGAGGCCACCGCUCCACAGAAACCGCAAGAGGAAAUUGAGGCCAUUCCGGGAUUUGAUGCAGGCCCAGAAGAGGGAAAGGCAGCCCUGCGUCUCGCAGUGGAAUCAUUUUCGCAGUCGUCCGGAAUGGAAGGUGCGGAGGAUUUUGGUGAUGAACAGGAGGAAGUGUUGAAAAUUGUAGCCUUAGCACUUACAGACGGCAACUCGAGGGUCUUGUUGGGCUCUCGUUUUCGGCUUACUCGCCCAUUACGCUGCACUGCCCCAGAUUUUUCUAAUUUUCCCAAGGGGAUGCUAACGGUCCGUGGUAUUGUUGGUUUCGGGAUGACUAGCGUGUAUUUUACAGUUUCCGACGAAGAUUUGAGUAUGUGGACUUUACGCGUCUCAGUCCUUCCAGGGCAAAAGACUGUGGAAGAAUGCUUUGAGGUUACGCUGCAAGCAGCAGAAGCUGUAAUUGAGUUAUGUGAUGGAGAGUAUGUUGCUUCCGUGUGGGAAGAUAAAAGGUUACUUGUUCCUGCGUUCGUUGCGGAUGGGUGGGAUUCACGUGAGUCAGUCAAGCACGUUUGUGGUCACACGGUCGACAGGCCGGUAGGUGUCAUGCCGGAACUCGUAGGCAGCGUACGGGAUGUGCUAAGUUCUAUAGGGCACGAAGAAAGCCAUUCGUUAGCUGCAAGGGAGUAUUGUGCUCGCUGGAUGUUAAUCCAGACGUUGAAUUUGCAGGCACGGGGGCUGAGUCACAACCAUUUGGCGUGGGACAGCGUGUUUGUCACUCGUGGUGGCAUGAUCCUUCUUGGGGAGAUGGGGGCAACCGUUCACUUUGGAGAACUGCUGCGCGCAAAUGCUGUAUUGGACCCGAAGUAUGCGGAGCCGCAACUGCAUGAGGAAUUCGAGCAGUUCAAGAACGGGGGACCUCCGGUGAAGGCGCACGAGAAGAGCGACAUGUGGAGUCUGGGAGUCCUUCUCUUUGAAAUGUUCACUGGCAAGCCCUUGGAGGAGGUGCUGACUGCGGGUUCUUUUAACGAGGGCAGCCGUGAUAUGGUGGCAGCGGAGCUGCAAAGCUCGGGCGCCUCUUCUUCGUGGCAACAGCUGAUUGGGUCCCUAUUACAGACCGAUAGAACUCGCCGCAUCUCCGCAACGCAGAUUGCUGAACAAUUCGCUAGUUUACUCUAA